AACGGAGGCGGCGCGCGGCGGUGCGCAGGCGGCCCGCGAUCUGCGCGCAGACAGCGCGCGGGAGCUGCAGGCGAUGGAGUCGUUCCGGUCGGAGAUGCGCGAGGGGGCGGCCCUUCACGCAGCACCCCUGUGGGCGAUGCUUCGUACAUCUGGUUCCAGGACGAGCCGCUGUGCGCCGGGUCGCGUCGUGUCGGCGGGGCGGGGCGGGCCGGGCGAGGCGCUGGCCGCCUGCGGGCAGCGCCUGGAGCGGCUGGAGGCCGCCAGCGCCGGCGCCUGCGCGUGCGAGCGGCUCGCCGAGAAGUUCGGCGGCGAGCUGGUGGAGCAGCGGCAGGCCAUCAACACCCUCGCGGCCGAGCUGUUCCGGGCCCCGGCCCCGCGCCCGGGCGGCGCGGCGGUGCGGCGCUCGCGCUCCGCGAGCCCGGGGGCCACGGCGCUGCUGAGCUUCCGCGACGUGGCGCGGCGGCUGCGUCGGG